AUGCAUGCAGGUAAAGUUAUUGGAAAACAACGAAUAAUCAGAAUAUCAGUUGGAAAAGGAAAUGAUAACAGAAAAUUUUCCUUGAAUGUAAUGGAUUUAUUACUUUGGAAUUAUCUGGCAGAUUUAAUAGCCAAUAAAACUCUUUGCAUUGAAGAUGCAAAUGAAAAAUCUGAGUACAUGAUUUGUGAUCGCUUUUAUGCUUCGAAUAAUCAGGAACCUACAGCAAUGCUAAUGUGCUAA